CGCCAAUACUAAUUUGAAGAAGAAGAUUUCUUGGGAGAACGCUUUCUAGCUAGAAUAAUAAAGAACAACUUCAUGAAAUGGACUAAACAGGCCAAUUGACUCUUUAGCAGGACAAAGCACUCUUUCCCGACUGCUGUGGAGAUUUUCUUUUCAGUCAAGCUCAGAAAUGGACAAUACAUCUUCUUCAACCAGAGAAGUGGUUCCUCAACUGCAAAGAACAGAGAGUGUAUUUCUCAACAAACAAAUGCUUGGAUAUGAUUCUGAAGACUCAAUCAGAAACAUAGAAAUAAAAGAAUAUGAAUAUGUGCCAGGAACAGACAGUGAGAGCAGCUUAGAGGACUUUACUGCAUUAAAGGACAAAUGCACCACUAAAGCAAGAUCUGCACCUAAAGCUGGCCAACUUGACAAAUACAUGCUUGGAUAUGAUUCUGAAGACUCAAUCAGCAGCACAGAAAUAACAGAAUAUGAAUAUGUGCCAGAAUAUGAAUAUGUGCCAGGAACAGAAAGUGACAGUGAGAGCAGCUUAGAGGACUUUACUGCAUUAAAGGACAAAUGCACCACUAAAGCAAGAUCUGCACCUAAAGCUGGCCAACUUGACAAAGACAUGCUUGGAAAUAAUUCUGAAGACUCAAUCAGCAGCACAGAAAUAACACGAGAUGAAUGUGUGUCAGGAACAGAAAGUGACAGUGAGAGCAGCUUAGAGCACUGCACUGUAUUGAAGAACAAAGGCCCCACCAAAGCAAGAUCUGCUCCUAAAGAUGGCCCAAAAAAUACCUAUAAGAGACAUAGAAAUACAGAAUCUGACACCUCUGUGCAAGAAUCCACAAGUUCACUUGAAGUCAUGCACGUUACAAAGACUAAAGAUGGCUCAAGAAGAUACACCAAAAAACAUUACUGUCUCUUUUGUGAGAAACCACAAUCAAAAAUAGCCCGGCAUCUGGAAAUGAUUCAUAAAAGUGAAGCUGAAGUCGCAAAGGCCCUUUCUUUCCCAAAGAACUCCAAGGACAGAAAGCUCCAACUGACUAUACUGAGAAAACGAGGGGACAGAGCACACAACAUGCAAGUCAUAAGAGAAGGCAAAGGUGUUAUAGUUCCUUGUAAACAAACCAGUUCCCCAAAUGGAAAUCCAAAAGAUUUCUUGCACUGUGCAAACUGCCAAGGACUCUUUAAAAGAAAAUUCCUAUGGAAACACAUGAAAAGGUGCCCACUGAGAGGUGUACGUCUGAAACCUGGUAAAACACGAGUGCAGGCUAUUUGUGCCCAUGCACAACCUGUGCCAGAUGGGAUAAGCAAGGGACUGUGGAAACUUGUCAAUGAUAUGACACAAGAUGAGGUGGUAGAUGUCAUAAAGAGAGACAAAUGUAUCAUCCAGUUCGGGGAGCAACAUUACAACAUCAUGGGACACAGACGUGCCAAUCAUGAAUUGAUACGGCAGAAAAUGCGUGAGCUGGGGAGACUGGUUUUGAAAGGGAAGCAGGUGUCACCUCUUACGAGAUUGGAUGAAUACAUUGAUCCAGCCAACUUCUUCCUCACAAUCAGUGCAGUGAAAGCUGUUUGUGGCUUUGACAGUGAAAAGAACACACUAAAGACACCUUCACUAGCCUUAAAACUUGGCCAUAGCCUUCAGAAGGUCGCAGACAUAGUUAGUUGUGAGGCUAGGGUCUCCGGUAACAAGAAAAAGGCUCAGAAGGUGGAGGACUUCAAACAUAUCUAUAAGACAUGCUGGAGAGAGCACAUCUCGUGUCAUGCUCACAAAUCAUUUGAAGAAAAUAAGUUCAGCGCUCCACUGAUCUUGCCAUUUGCUGAAGAUGUCAAGAAACUGCAUAUCCACCUUGAAGAAAAACAGAAAACAUGCUACAGCCAACUUUCCAAAGAACCUAACAGGAAGACGUGGGCACAGCUCGCUAAAGUCACUCUGUCACAAAUGACGGUCUUUAACCGAAAAAGACUAGGGGAAGCCUCCCUGAUGACAGUGGCCUCAUUCGUGUCUCGAGACAAAACUGCUUUACAUGACGAUUAUGGGAACUCCCUCUCAGAUGUUGAACGGGCACUAUGCCAACAUUUUAGUCACAUAGAAAUAAGUGGAAAGCGAUCAAGAAAAGUCGCAGUGCUUCUAUCACCUACAAUGAUCAAAUCAAUGGAGCUGCUUGCGGAGAAGCGCGAACAUUGCGGCGUUCUGAAGGAGAACAUAUAUAUGUUCGCCAUUCCAGGCUGUCCAACAUCAUUCAGCGGAUCAGACUGCCUGCGUCUCUUUGCCAAGAAGUGUGGGGCUAAAUGUCCAGAAUCCCUCUCGUCCACCAAGUUGCGUAAACGCAUCACCACGAUGUCUACUGUACUCAACUUAAAUGACACCGACAUGGACCAGCUAGCUGAUUUCCUGGGACAUGAUCUACGGAUAGACAGGAAAUAUUACAGGUUACCUGAGGGAACACUUCAGCUGGCAAAAAUCACCAAAGUCCUCAUGGCGAUGGAGCAGGGAAGGCUAAACGAAUUCAAGGGGAAAGGUCUUGACCAGAUAGACAUCAGUCCAGCGGAGUGUGUUGAGCUGGAUGAAGAGAGUGAUACGGACUUCACUGAAGAAACUCCUGGAAGGUCAUGUGAGCCACAAGAGAGGACACGGGAGGCCAUGGCAGGAAGAUCAGGGGCUUCAGGAGUGGAGAACAACACAUCAUACAAUUCAGACAACGAUUCUGCAGGUUCUAAGAAGAGGAAGUGGAGUGAGGAGGAGAAAGGGGCAGUGGAAGAAAAAAUUAUAAUAAUCAUGGACUCCGGAGCUACUCCAGGGAAAGCAGACUCUUGCAUGCAUCAAGGCAGCGCCACAAGCCCUCAGAGAGCGGGACUGGCGUGCAGUGAAGUAUUAUGUCAAGAACAGAAUUACAGCAUGUGAGCAGGACUACCAAAAAAGGAUGUAGUCUAUCUGUCCCUCUGCCUGCCUCUCUGUUCCCCUACCUGCAUGUCUGUCUGCCUACCUGUGUCUGUCCCUCUGCCUGUCUG